AUGUGUCGCAUCUUAGGUGAUCUGUUGGUGGAGGGUGUAGUCGCGAAGCUUGCGGACGAUUUAUACUGUGGUGGGGAUACACCUGAAGAGCUCCUGCAUAAUUGGGAACGGGUACUGCAAGCCAUGCGCAAGAGCGGUAUGGUGUUGUCAGCUCCGAAAACCAUCAUCGCACCAGGGAGCACGACCAUCCUCGGAUGGAUUUGGUCUCAGGGCCAGAUACAUGCGAGCCCCCAUCGCAUCGCUUCACUAUCGACCUGCGAGCCACCCAUGUCGGUGAAGGCCAUGCGGUCAUUUAUCGGGGCAUACAAGGUAUUGGCUCGCGUGAUCCCAAGUUGUGCCAAUAUAGUGGCUCCCUUCGACGACAUGAUGGCAGGGAAGUCAUCCCAGGAUAAGAUAGAGUGGACGGAACAGCUACAGGAUACGUUCCGCAGGGCUCAGAAACUCCUGUCCUCGAAUAAGACGAUUACCCUUCCAACACCCGAUGACGUGCUAUGGAUCGUAACUGACGGAGCUGUCAAGAACCAUGGUAUCGGGGCUACACUCUACGUCACACGCAAUGACAGAAUACGGCUUGCAGGAUUCUUCAGCGCGAAGUUACGAAAGCAUCAGGUGACAUGGUUGCCUUGCGAAGUUGAGGCAUUAGCCAUCGCAGCCGCUGUCCAGCAUUUCAGCCCCUAUGUCGUUCAGUCGCGCCAUGGCACUUGUGUGCUGACGGAUAGCAAGCCUUGCGUUCAGGCUUACGAAAAGCUGUGCCGUGGUGAGUACUCAGCCAGUCCCAGGGUGUCUACUUUCCUGGCCACAAUCAGCCGCUAUCAAACAUCACUGCGCCACCUGGCCGGCAGUGCUAAUGUGCCGUCAGACUUCGCCAGCCGCAAUGCUCCAAACUGUGAUGAGCCGAACUGUCAGAUUUGCACAUUCAUCUCUCGCAUAGAGGAUUCGGUCGUCAGAGCCAUUAGCGUUCAGGAUGUAUUGUCAGGUGGAGUCAGGCUGCCAUUCACCAGCAGAUCGGCAUGGCGGUCCACGCAGUCUGAAUGCCCAGAUUUGCGGCGCACUCAUGGUCAUUUAGUACAAGGCACUCGUCCCUCCAAGAAGGCUACGAGCAUCAAGGACAUAAAGCGAUAUCUGAAUGUCGCUACGCUUGCCAGAGAUGGUCUGCUAGUUGUCAGAAGAAAUGAACCAUUUGUAUCGGCACGUGAGUGUAUCGUUGUGCCCCGUCAGGUUCUCGAGGGUCUUCUCACAGCAAUACACAUAAAGUUAGACCAUCCUUCAUGCCACCAGUUGAAGAAUGUGUUCCACCGGUACUUUUAUGCGUUGGACAUGGACAAAGCCAUUCAGAGCAUCACGUCCGCAUGUCAUCAGUGUGCGGCGUUAGUCAAGAUUCCGCAUACCCUCGUGCAGCAGUCUACCGGAGAUCCACCAGUGGCAGUGGGGGUAGCCUUUGCAGCUGACGUGCUCAGACGAGAACGUCAACUUGUACUUGUUGUUCGGGAGGAAGUGACUUCAUUUACAGCCGCGUGUUUGAUCGACAGUGAGCGCCAUGAGACUCUACGCGACGCUCUCAUUCUGUUGUGCAUUGGGCUACGACCCAUGGACGGACCCGUGGCUGUUGUACGUACUGACCCCGCCCCAGGGUUUGCUGCCCUCAUUGAUGAUGGUCUACUGAAACGCCAUAGGGUUUGCAUCGAGAUAGGUCGUGUGAAAAACGUUAAUAAAAACCCGGUGGCCGAGAGGGCUGUACAGGAGUUGGAGGACGAGCUUUUGCGCCAACAGCCUGGUGGUGGACCAGUUCCGUUACUUACUCUCUCUGUAGCUGUGGCACGGCUGAACUCCCGCAUUCGUGGUCGAGGCUUGUCAUCGCGAGAGAUGUUGACGGCGGCAGGCGGGACGCAGUUUACCAAUGCGCAGUUGCCAAGUGUGUGA